UCUUGUUACCAUAACAUUGAUGAAUUCAACUAAACGAUAAUUAACUGCCAAAUGCGAACAACUUAACUCGUUCUCAUUUGCCAAAAGCUUAGUUGAUGAGCUUUAGUCGAGGCUGUUAUGGCCCAUUUGGAUGCAUCUCGAAAAUAUUCUAUUACUUAUCCUAGUGAAAAGCAAAGAAACUCUGCUUUGGAUAUACUGCGGCCUCCCGGUUUGUCAUCACACGCGUACAACAGACAGCAGUUACACAAGCAACUUUGCGAGGCAGAAAGAGAUGCAAACAAACACCCAUCCGAACCUGGAAGCUACUAUAAAGCCCAAACUAAACGGGCCCAACCUUCUACCUACGAUCGGGUGAAUCACGUGUCCGUUGGAUACGACCAGAAACUUCACCGUGACGAUAGAGCCUUUGCCAAGUCACUUGGGUUACACGUGAACAGUGAGGAAACUUCUCUUGCCAUCCCAUGUCUCUCAUCAUCGAUGUACGGGCAUCCGUCAAGAUCCCCUCUGGAGGAAGUCGAUCGCAAACACUUCUCGGUCCAGACUUGUAAGAAAGACUUUCUGCGGGUUAGUGGAACGAACAUUGGAAAUAAUAGCGACCUUCAUUGAUAAACUUUGUGACAGAUUAUUGUUAUUUUCCUUUAUUUUGUCAUUGGAAAGUUGCUCGGUUUGUUAUAUUGAUAUAGAAGUAAAUGCACACUGAAGUUCCAUCGCUCACUUUUUAAGAUGACUUUAGUCUUUCAGUUGUCAUUUAUUAAAGUUAUCAUUAUGCUCUCAAAGCAUUUUUAUACCAUCCAAA